CACGGAGCCGCCAUGCCGGAACCGCGCGGAUUGUCUCCUCUGAGAGUGAACGCGGCCUUCGCCGCCCGGUACAGCCGCUACCGGGAGCGCGAGGAGCUGCAGCGCUUGAAGGAUCGCUAUGGGGACCGUGGCGGCGACUCCAGCUCCGAGUCUGACUCCAGCGAGGAGCGCGUGGAAUUUGACCCCCAGCAGGAUCGAGACUUUUACAGGACACUGUCCUUGUUGAAGAAGAAGGACCCUCGCAUUUAUCAGAAAGAUGUCACUUUCUAUCAGAGAACAGCAUCCUCCUCUUCCUCGGAGAGCGAGGAGGAGCCAGCAGCCUCCGAGAAACAGAAGAAAGUGCAGACCAUGUACUUGAAAGACUAUGAGAGGAAGGUCAUCUUGGAGAAGGAAGGCAAGUACGUCGAUGAAGACAACUCAGAUGGAGAGACCGUCGAUCAGAGACUCAAGCAAACGUCAUCACAGAGUUACAUGGAAGAACAGAAGCAGCUCAAGGAAAGCUUCCGAGCCUUUGUGGAGGACAGUGAGGACGAGGACAGUGCUGGGGAAGGUGGUUCCGGGUUGCUGCAGAAACACACUAAAACCAGGGAGGAGAAGGCCCAGGAGGAGGCUGACUACGUUGAGUGGCUAAAGGGACAGAAGCAAAUUCAAAACCCCGAGUCCAUGAAGGAACUGGUAAGUGUCACUUACAGUCCCUGA